AUGAUUGUUUUAGAUGACGAAAUUCAAGCAGCUCUUGUCGAUCUAAUGGGAUAUUCAGAUAUCGAUUUUGUAUCAACUUUACUGACCAACCGCCAGAUGAUUGUGGAUUCGAUCAUGCAAGAAGUAAGCCCACGCCCAAUUUAUGGCACUCAAGUAACUGUCCAAUCUGAAUCUGAAAAGCAAUUGCAAAAAGCUAUGAGAAAAGAAUGGAAAAAGCAAUCCAAACAUGCUAAUGGACAACAAGUAUCAUACCCAAAUGUAUAUCAGUCUGGUACUGGUGGAUCCACUCUUUCACUAUUUGGAUCAAAAUAUGCGCUGCCAGUAGGAACAGUAAGAGUCGACGAAAAAGAUUUUGAAGAGGUCGAAAUUCCCAUCACAAAAGCAUCUCCAGUUCGAACGACCGAGUCUCGCGUUUUGAUCAGUAGCAUGGACAAGAUUGCACAAUCUGUAUUCAAAGGCUAUGAGUCUUUGAAUCGUGUCCAGUCAAUUGUUUAUCCUGUUGCUUACGAGACUAACGAGAAUAUGCUAGUGUGUGCUCCGACUGGUGCAGGGAAAACUGAUGUUGCAAUGCUUACCGUUUUGCGAGUUAUUCAUCAGCAUUGUGUAGAUGGAGUGAUUGACCUCGACAGUUUUAAAAUUGUCUAUGUUGCUCCCAUGAAGGCUUUGGCUGCUGAAAUUGCUCGAAAGUUUUCUACACGACUUGCAGCUCUCAAAGUCAAGGUUCGAGAACUUACCGGUGACAUGCAGUUGACCAAAGUGGAAAUUUCUGAAACCCAAAUGAUUGUUACUACUCCUGAAAAGUGGGAUGUUGUGACUAGAAAAGGCGUUGGCGAUACUGAGCUAUCUCAAAAAGUGAGAUUGCUUAUUAUUGACGAAGUUCAUUUACUCCACGAAGAGCGAGGAGCAGUCAUUGAAAGCAUUGUUGCACGAACUCUGAGAUUAGUAGAGUCAAGUCAGUCGCUUAUUAGAAUUGUUGGGCUUUCUGCUACCCUUCCCAACUAUGUGGAUGUAGCGGCGUUUUUGAGUGUCAAUUUAUAUCAAGGAUUAUUCUUUUUUGAUGCUAGCUUUCGUCCUGUUCCUCUUGAACAGCAUUUUAUUGGUGUUAAAGCCAAAGCUGGAUCUAUUGUUUACAAAACAAAAUUAAAUGAGAUUUGUUUUGAAAAGAUUGCUGCUCUCGUUUGCGAAGGUUAUCAAGCGAUGGUGUUUGUACACGCUCGUAAAGAGACCGUGAAUACGGCACAAGCACUGCAUGAUCUUGCAAUGAGUUCAGACAAGCUUGGCAUGUUUGAUUGCACUCAAGAUCCCCAAUUUGGCAUUUUUGUCAAAGAAGUUCAAAAGUCCAAAAACAAGGAGAUGAAGGAACUUUUUUCAAGUGGAUUUGGAAUUCAUCAUGCUGGUAUGCUUCGUUCUGACCGUACUCUUACCGAGCGUUUAUUUGAAAAGGGUUUGAUUAAAGUUCUUUGUUGUACAGCAACACUUGCAUGGGGUGUCAAUUUGCCUGCGUAUGCUGUUGUUAUCAAAGGCACUCAAGUUUACAAUGCCGAAAAAGGUGCUUUUGUAGACUUGUCAAUUUUGGACGUUUUACAAAUUUUUGGACGAGCUGGGCGACCUCAAUAUGAAGAUCGCGGUAUCGGUUACAUUAUUACCACGCACGAUAAGCUUACUCAUUAUUUGUCAUCCAUGACCCAGCAACACCCAAUCGAGUCUACCUUUUCAAACAAACUUGUAGAUAAUCUUAAUGCUGAAAUCUCUCUUGGCACUGUAACAAAUCUAGAUGAAGCUGUAAAGUGGCUUUCGUACACGUAUCUAUAUGUACGAAUGCGUAAGAACCCAUUUCAAUAUGGGCUUGGAUGGGAUGAACUUACAGCAGAUCCCUUGCUUGGAAAAAGACGGCGUGAUCUUUUGGUUAGUGCCGCUAAUACUCUUCACAAAACUCAAAUGAUUGUAUUUGAUGAGCGUACCGGGUAUUUGACGCCUAAAGAUCUUGGUCGCGUUGCAAGUAACUUUUACAUCAGUCAUUCUACGAUUGAGAUUUUUAACACUAUGAUGAGACCGCGCAUGACCGAAGCUGAUGUCAUUGCCAUGUUGAGUAUGAGCAAUGAGUUUGAAAAUAUAAAGCUUAGAAACGAAGAGACUGUGGAAAUGAAAGGAUUGCUGAAAGAUCAGUGUGUUUGCGCUGUCAAGGGAGGAGUAGACACCAAUUAUGGAAAAACAAAUAUCUUGCUGCAGUCCUAUAUAUCUCGCUCGCGUAUCGAUGAUUUUGCUCUUGUAUCAGAUGCCGCAUAUGUGGCUCAAAACUCUGCUCGUAUUCUUCGUGCUAUUUUUGACAUUGCCAUGAGUCGAAACUGGGGACCUACAGCGUCAGUUGUUUUAUCUUUGUGCAAAACUGUGGAUAAGCGCAUGUGGUCAUUUGAACAUCCUUUAGCUCAAUUCGAUCUUCCUGUAGAGAUUAUCACCAAACUAGAGCGAUCAGUUGACUCUAUUUCAAUGGAUGCUUUGCGUGAUAUGACUGCCAAUGAACUAGGUGAUCUUGUCCGACAUCACCGAAUGGGAGAUACUGUAUCUCGAUGCGUUAUGCAAUUUCCCACUUUGUAUAUGGAGGCUAGUAUUGCUCCAAUUACUCGAACUAUUUUGCGCAUUUCUCUUCAUGUUACUCCCGAUUUUGCCUGGAACGACAAAGUUCAUGGAAAGUCUGAGCCCUGGUGGAUUUGGGUUGAGGAUCCUGAAAGUACUGAUAUUUUGUAUUCCGAGUAUUUUUUGGUUCGCAAACGUGAACAUGGCCAAACUCAAAAACUUGGGUUUACUAUUCCCAUUCCAAAAACGUUGUCUACUUCCGAUGAGCUUCCUCCACAAGUAUACAUUCGUGCCGUAUCGGAUCGCUGGAUUGGUGCAGAGAAUAUUUUGCCGGUAUCAUUUAAACACUUGAUUUUGCCAGAAUUGAAUCAUGCUCCAUAUACCGAUCUUUUGGAUCUGCAACCUCUUUCUAUCACUGCUUUAAAAAAUCCUAUUAUUGAAGAAAUCUGUCGUCCUCGAUUUCAAUAUUUCAAUCCUGUGCAGACGCAAAUUUUCCAUACAUUGUAUCAGACCCGCCACAACGCACUUGUUGGAGCUCCUACUGGAUCUGGUAAAACUAUUGCUGCCGAGUUGGCUCUUUGGUCUACAUUCCGAGAUUUUCCAAAAAGCAAAGUUGUUUAUAUUGCCCCACUUAAAGCAUUGGUUAGAGAGCGAGUACAAGACUGGCGCACUCGUGUCGCAUUUCCCAUGUGUCGCCGUCUGGUUGAACUUACUGGUGAUGUAACUCCAGAUAUUGCUACAAUUGAAGGUGCUGAUAUUAUUGUUACUACGCCCGAGAAAUGGGAUGGAGUGAGCCGAAGCUGGAAAACUCGAAAGUAUGUAACGGAUGUAUCACUUGUCAUUAUUGAUGAGAUUCAUUUGCUUGGUGGUGAUCGCGGUCCUAUUCUGGAAGUUAUUGUGUCUCGUAUGAAUUACAUUGCUGAACAGACCAAAAAGCCUAUUCGUGUAGUUGGUUUGAGUACUGCGCUAGCAAAUGCAUGUGAUCUUGGAGACUGGUUAAACAUUAGAAAUAUGGGCUUGUUUAAUUUCCGUCAUUCUGUUCGACCAGUACCACUUGAAAUUUUCAUUGAGGGAUAUCCAGGCAAACAUUACUGCCCACGUAUGAUUUCCAUGAACAAGCCGACAUAUGCUGCAAUUAUGACCCACUCUCCAUCAAAACCUGUAAUUGUUUUUGUGUCUUCUCGUCGCCAAACCAGACUAACUGCACAGGAUCUGAUUUCAUUAUGCGCCAACAAUGACAACCCUCGUCAUUUCUUACAUAUGCCUGAAGAAGAACUUGAAAUGUUAGUAGCCGGUGUCAAAGAUCAGUCGCUUAAACUUGCUCUACAGUUUGGUAUUGGAUUGCAUCAUGCUGGUUUGAUUGAUACUGAUCGCAAGCUUUCAGAGGAGCUGUUUGUUAAUGGCAAGAUCCAAGUGCUUAUUGCGACAAGUACUUUAGCUUGGGGCGUUAAUUUUCCUGCUCAUCUUGUUGUCGUCAAAGGAACAGAAUUUUACGACGCCAAAACAAAGGGAUAUGUGGAUUUCCCCAUCACUGAUGUGUUGCAAAUGAUGGGUCGUGCAGGACGGCCCCAAUUCGAUGACAGUGGAGUGGCCGUGAUUCUUGUUCAUGACGUCAAAAAGAACUUUUACAAAAAGUUUUUACAUGAGCCGUUUCCUGUCGAGAGCAGUCUGCACACAUGUCUGGAAGAUCAUUUUAAUGCUGAAAUAGCUGCAGGGACAAUCAAGUCGAAGCAAGAUGCCAUGGACUAUCUUACAUGGACAUACUUGUAUCGUCGCGUCAGAAUGAAUCCCACUUUUUAUGGUGCCGAGGACGCAUCUGAUUUGGCCAUUGUAAGAUAUCUGUCCAACUUGAUUGUGGAUACACUCGAGUCUUUGCGUGCUGCAGAGUGUGUAAACAUUAUUGAUGACUUUGAUGUUGAAUCCACUCCGUUUGGUAAAAUUGCAUCAUACUAUUAUUUGCGGUACAAAACAAUAGGCAUUUUAAAGAAACGCCUUCUGAGAAAAUUCCACGAGCGUCAUAGUUUGCAACCCGGUCAGAAAGUUGGUGGACACUACAUCAAAUUGGUGCGCAUUAUUUCCGAUGCUGCAGAGUAUGAUGAGCUUCCUGUUCGCCAUAAUGAGGAUAUCAAGAACCGUGAGCUUGAAAGUGUAUUGCCUUUCAAGGCUCGUGUUGCCAAAGACUCGCAAUCUGGGUUUGAUGCUGUAGGCUCAGAUGUUGUACAGUAUGAUUGCCCACAUCUCAAAACGUUUCUUCUUCUCCAAGCACACCUAGUUAGACAAGACCAACUGCCAUGCUCAGAUUAUCACACCGACACGAUUUCUGUGCUUGAUCAAUCUAUCCGUAUUGUCCAAGCUAUGAUUGAUGUUUGCGUGUUACAAGGAUAUCUUGCAACAACGCUCGGACUAACUUCGAUUCUGCAAUGUAUUAAGCAGGCAAGAUGGGAAUCUGAUUCUCCUCUACUAACUCUUCCUCAUAUGACACCGGAGCUACUCGGCUCCCUCAAACUAAACGGUAUAGUCGUGCAGGAUCUUGCCCAGCUAUGUUUCUUAAAUGAUCAUGACCGUGGUAGUGUGUUGCGUAAUAUACCGGGACUAUCAGUUUCACAAUGUCCAGGCAAAGUAUACUGCAUUACACUGAGUUUUGUUCGUGAAAGGCCGUAUGUGUCCAACUAUGGAGAAAAAGGGAUGUAUCAAAUCCACUCUCCAAGAUUUCCCAAACUUCAAACAGAAGGAUGGUGGGUCAUUCUUGGUGAUCAGCGUUGUGAUGAGCUUUGGGCUUUGAAAAGAUGUUCUCCUGUCAACAAGGAAGCUGACAAAAAAAAGAUUGGCAGGGUUUCUGAUAAGAAACGCAUGGAUGUACUUUGUACGUCCAUGUCGAUUGAAGCACCAUCUCUUACUGGUGAAUACGACUUUGAUAUCUUUCUUGUUAGCGACGGGUAUCGUGGGCUGGAUAAACAACAACCACUUCGCAUUUAUGUUGGUUGA